GAAAUCACAAGCGCAUGCGCAGUCGCAACUAUAUGGGCGGCUGUGUCGUUUCGUUUUCACAUUCACUCGGUUUAAGUUCACAAUACUUUGGGGUGUUUGGCAUUGUUUGUGAAUAUUGAUAGAUGGACGGGACCGUUGUUUUAGACUCGACUGAAAAACGAUUACAGCGAAAUUUAAAGUUUCUAAGUAGGUGUAUGACAUGGGAUUCGGUUGAGAGGAUGUCCAGCUGUUUGUGUCAUUCACGCACAAUCACGGCGUAUGAAGCCCAGGUUGUCAGUUCUCAGGCCACAGACAUGCAAAAAGCCUCAAAGUUGAUGGAGAUAGUCAUUAAAAAAGGUCGCAGCGCGUGCAGCGCAUUCUUAAGAUGCCUUGGAAUCUGUGACCCGAAGUUGUACGAGAGUGUCACAGGAUCUCCAGCACCAUUAAGUCAUGAGGACCAUCAUCACUCAAAGGACAUCUCAUUUUCAGAAAAACAAGCCUCAAUUACAACCUGUAUUAUAAACAUACAUAACUCUUCUCUGCGGCACUGUAUUAUUGGGAAUAACAAUCAACAAUGCAUUACCUGUCACCAGGAACCUCUUCUUUCUCAGAAUGGUGCAAUAAAUGAUGAAAUGGAGGACGAUCAGCGCCAUGACCAGCUAAUACCAGCACAGGACCCAGUAAGUGGCAGUGACAUUCACAUGGAGAGCUCCCACAUAGAAUAUGUCAUUAUAGGAGACCAAAACAGCAUGACAGUCACGGAAACCUUGAACUCAGAUGUUGAGGAGAACACAGAAAUUGAUUCAGAUGUAAACAGUUAAAAGAUGUGAAAUGAGGGUAGGAGAGAAAAUUCACAUGUUUGGGAAGACACAGGUUGUACCCUCUUCUCAUUGUACUUGACCUGUGAUUCUUCAAUAGAUGCAUCAUUCAAGCUAUAAAAGGGUCAUAUUAUGCUUUUUAAACUUAGUGUGUAACAUUGAUGUUUGAAGUUACAAAGCUAACUGCAAAGUUAACUGCAAAGGGAAAUAAUCUCUUUAACAAAAAGCACUUUACAAUGAACAGCUGAUAAAGGACUAUACCAAACUUCUUGCUGGGUUUGUGACAUCAUAAACCCCUGAAUUCAAAUAAAUUCACAAAAAAGGGAGCGAGGCCUUGUCAAGCUGCUUUAGAAGAAGACGACAAAGAACAGCAGUUGCUUUAGUGGUGUGUUGUCAUCAUGUCAAAGUGUUUAUUUUACACUGAUUUUAAAUCCACUUUGUUUUGGCAUCCUAAUACAAAUGAAUGUUGAUGAAGUCUCACUUAUUUCAAGUUUAUAAAUUUCUGUUUACCCUUAUUGAUAAAAAUUCAGCUCUCAAAUCUAUGACAAGAUGACAAGAUAACUUACAGUGCAUUUCAUUCUGUAGCAAUCACCACUAUGCCCUUAUAUUUCCUUUAAAGAUAGUAUCAUUCAGUGUAAAAGCUAUCAUGUGUAAUACAAAGAUGUUGUGUGCAUGUAUGAAUCUAAUUUUGAAUGAUUGCAUCUGACAUUGCAUCUGAUAUGUAUAAGACGAUUACAGAAUGAAAAUACCUCUUAAACACCGAGCCGUACUUAUGUUACCCAAUCCUGCUGUAUCCUGUUCAGCAGCCCCACUUAAUGCUCCAAGGGAGUCAAAUGCUCUUACAUGCAGUGAAAUCUACACAAAUUGUACAGCUUUCACACACUUAAUUUCCUUGCAAAUCUCGACCUGUGUAUUUUUCAACACAUGCUCUUAGCAAAAGACCAAUCACAACAUACUGUGCCUGCUUGACCAAUCAAAGUGUUUGAGACAGGCACUUUCUAAUAUGUAAUAAAGACGUAACAAAUAUGGAAAAUAUAUGAAAAAUAAUGUAUUCAAGUACACCCCAGAAACAGAAUCAGAUUUAAAAAAAGGACAUAAUAUGACCCUUUUAAAUUAAGCCAUGCUCAGGUUCUCGAAAGGUGCUGCCAAACAAGGUCACAUUGAAACAUUAUUUAGCAUUUCAGAUCUUUCUAAACGUGUGCCAUGAUAGGGCCAAAAUGGCAUCUUUGUACUUUAAUUUUGUUUGGGUUCAACAGAAGUGUUUGAACCAUUACACAACUGACAUUGCAAUUAUUUGCAAUUUCUCAAUAAGUGCUUUUAAUAGUAUAUAGAUAUUUCCUGUUUUUCGCAAUCACUUCUAAGCAUUUGUAAUCCUAAUAUCUGGUGAUUUUGAAUUUGAUUUUUUUUUUUUUCUGUUCGGACAUCUCAUUCCGAAUCUUUGCUGUAGGACGUUUUUAAUGUGUAAAUCUGUGAUAUGAUUAUAUGUCUGUGAAUUGUGUCUCUAGAGAGAAAAUUUGUACUUUUCUCUUUUGAAUGCUGUGGUAUACAAUAUACAAUCCUAAACUAUGCCUCAGGUCAUAUGUUUAUACCUUUAUUACUUGAUGGUUUACUUUUUUAUUUAUCUUGUCACUUUGUAAAUAUUUUUUUAUAAAAAUGUAUUUAUAAAAAAAAUUAUAUUACCUCUUUUAAGUGUUUGUUAAAGUGUCUUUUAUCAAAAUAAAGAACGAUUAUUUAACUUUUUAA